CACCUCUAUAAAGCUGUUAAAAAAAUCAAUCUCGAAUUCCAAGUGGUGUUUUCAAUUUUCUUAAUUUUUGUUUUAUUUUUUUUUGAUUAUUGUACAGGCAAAUUAAUAAUAGUUAUCAUAUCCAUUUAUUCAUCAAUAAAACAAUGGCUGACGAAGAAUACGACGCAGAGGAUGGCGGAGCGGAUUAUGAUGACAUUGCUGAAGAGGAUAACAACAUCGAAGAAGCAGAAGAACAAGAGGAGGAACCUGGAUAUAAUGUGCAGUGCAUGGCGCCGGGACAGGCCGUCGGCGGAGUAGAGAAGUCCAAGCGGAUCACCACACGAUACAUGACUAAAUACGAAAGGGCUAGAGUGUUAGGUACAAGAGCAUUGCAAAUAGCCAUGUGUGCACCAGUCAUGGUGGAACUAGAGGGAGAGACUGACCCUCUGCAGAUAGCCAUGAAGGAACUGAAGCAACGGAAGAUCCCCAUCAUCAUAAGAAGAUACCUACCUGACCACUCCUAUGAAGAUUGGAGCAUAGAUGAAUUAAUUAUCAUAGACCACUAGAUAUUAAAUUAUUUGUAAGGUAGUAUUAAGUUUAAAAAUAAGACAAAUUAUAUAAUAAGUAAAGA